AUGGAUACCAUAAACUUGGAUUUUGAUGAUGAGUGUAAUAUUACUCCAUCUUCAGAUAAAUCUGAAAAGAACAGUUCUUCUAUCAAUGAUGGCACUAACAAAAAGAGACAACGUAGAAAGACAUCAACUGCUUGGGAUGAAUUCUAUUUGUUACCUAUAGAUGUUGAUGGAAAACAGAAGGCAAAAUGUAAAAAAUGUGGGGCUGAAUAUGUUGCUAAUGCUUCAACUCAUGGGACGGCAAAUUUGAGACGCCACAUUAAUAAUUGUCCAUUACGUGAUAACUAUGAUGUGAAGCAGAUGCACAUGGAUUACGGAACCAAACUUCAUGCGAAAAAAAUUGAGCAAGAUGUUUAUCGUGAGAAGAUGGCAAUUGCUGUAAUAAAACAUUGUUAUCCUUUUUCAUGGGUUGAGCAUGAAGGAAAUCGAGAUGUGCAUAAAUAUCUUAAUCCUGAUGUUAAACCAAUUGCUAGGAACACUGCUAAAGCUGAUGUAUUGAAAAUACAUAAAAGGGAGAAGGAGAAACUUAAACUUACACUACAGAGUGCUUUUGGUAGAGUGUGUUUGACUUCUGAUUGUUGGUCUUCUCCUACAACUGAAGGAUAUUUAUGCAUUACAGUUCAUUUUGUGGAUGAAAAUUGGGUAUUGCAUAGUAAGAUUAUUAACUUUUCUCACAUGCCACCCCCACAUUCAGGAGUUGCUUUGUCAGAAAAAACAUUUAGUGUAUUGAAGGAAUGGGGUAUUGAUAGCAAGAUAUUUUCCAUCACGUUGGAUAAUGCAACUGCUAAUGAUAGUAUGCAAGAUAUUCUUUCAAGUCAAUUGUCUUUGCAAGCACCUUUAGUAAGUGGCGGUGAAUAUUUUCAUGUAAGGUGUUGUGCUCAUAUUUUGAAUCUUAUUGUUCAAGAAGGCUUAAAAGUGAUUGAACGUGUUGUGUAUAACAUUAGAGAAAGUGUCAAGUACAUUAAGGGUUCAGAAGGAAGAAAACUUAAGUUUGAAGAGUGCAUUAAACGAGUUGGUAUACUUGCUUUAAUCAGUUUGCGCUUGGAUGUACCAACUAGGUGGAAUUCAACUUUCAUGAUGAUAGAAAGUGCACUCAUAUAUCGACGGGCUUUAAUUCAUUAUGCUUUACUUGAUGCAAAUUAUAAGUAUUGUCCGUCAAAUGAAGAGUGGAAUAGAGCUGAGUUCGAUAAAUAUUGGAAGUGUUAUAGUGUUGUUUUGGCAUUUGCAAUUGUUCUUGAUCCUCGUUACAAGCUUCAAUUUGUCGAGUUUUGUUACUCAAAGAUUGAUUCAUCCACUUCUCGGCAAAAGCUAAAUCUCCUUCGUCAAAAGUUGUACUCUCUAUUCCAAGAUUAUGCAAACAAAUCAAAAUCUUCUUUGGAAUCUACUACUUCAUCUACUGGGGGUACUGGUGGUAGUGACAAUCUCAUUAGAGAUGAGCUUUCGCAUCACUUAGCAGGUGAUGGCCGAGAUGGCCAGGAGCUCGGGGGAGAAGAGCUUCACGAUCGAGCAGUUUUGCGUAUGCGACCCCCAUCUUUUGCUAAAGGAGUGGACCCACUGGUAGCAGAUAACUGGGUUCAGGACAUAGAGGACAUACUGGCGGUCCUCUUAUGUACAGACGAGUAG